AUGUCGAUUUCGGACAAAGCAACCGAAACAAAGGUCGCAGUAAUGGACAAAAGAGUGAAAGGGAAAUUCCCUGUGUAUAUGCCCGGGCUAAAUGUAAGCUCAUAUUUGCAGACCGUGGAUAUUUUUUUUGCAUUAAACAAAACUCCGGAUGAUGAAAAGGCAUUGGAGUUUAUUACAAGCGUAGGCCAAGAAACCGCAAAUCGAUUAAUUGGCAGUUUUAAACCAGAUAAAAUAGUUAACAAAACAUUUGAACAAAUAGUGAACAAAUUCAAACUAUUGCAUGAAGAAAAUAAAAAUGUGUUUGCUGAACGUCACCGCUUAAUAGAACGGAAACAAAAUGAAGGCGAAUCUUUAGAUGAUUUUGCAAUAGAUUUGCAAAAUAUCGUUGAGCACUGUAGUGUUAGUCUCGAAACCGAAGCUACCAUGGUGCAAUCGAUAUUCGUGGCCGGAAUACUGGACGGUAAAACGAGAGAAGCAAUGUUACGAGAGGCUAAUCAUAACAUGAAUUUGGCACAACUCUUGGAAAAGGCUAAAACUGUAGAGACAGCUUCUACAGAAUCACGAAAAAUGGCAAAACCAGAUGAAAGGGCGUUAAACUAUGUGGGACCGAGUAGUGAAAUAUACCGUAAAACAGUCAUUAAACCGGGAAAAUUUUCCGAGCGUGUAGGAAAUAGAAACAUUUCUUUUCACCGUGAAAAUCCUAAAGUUAGCAAUGAUACGGUUUGCUAUAACUGUUACAAUAGAGGACACUUGUCAUACCAUUGUACCUUACCAAAAGCCAAAAAGCCACGGUUUGAGCCGCAACGGUCUAAGAAGGUGUGGAGCAGAAAGAGAGCUUUCGAUGAACGAAUUAACCAGCUAGCAGCUGCUGUGGAGGAUCUCAAAAUGAAUUUGGGGGAUGACGCUGACGCUGACGAUAACGAACAACUCGAUGAGCUUGCAGGCAAUUAUUACAACCAACCUAAUGGGAUAAACAACGUUUUGCUUGGUAAGUCAAACAAUUUGCAACCAGCUUUUGUGGAGUUAAAUGUAAAUGGGCAAAAUCUGUUGAUGGAGUGUGAUACGGGGGCUUGCGCGACAAUUUGUUCAUUUGACACAUAUAAAGAAAAGUUUAGUAAAUGUACACUUCUGCCAGAGCAGAGAAAAUUUUUUGUUAUCUCAGGAGAGACCGUAAAUGUGGUGGGUAAAAUAAAAGUUACCGUAAAGCUUGGAAAGAGAUUGUUAACUUUGCCUUUAUUAGUAAUUAGAUCUCCCAAAAGCUUUGUUUCUCUACUGGGUCGAAAUUGGUUGAACACGAUCUGGCCAAAGUGGAGAGACGUUUUUACUAUUGACACUAUUCGUGAGUCGGGACGAAGGCAAUGGGUAGAUAGUACGGUCGCGAGAUUAAAAAGUGAGUACGCAUCGGUUUUCGACGACGAUCUAACCGAGCCUAUCAAAGAUGUAGUAGUUGAUAUCAGAAUAGAUGAUCAAACGAGACCUUUUGUUCAUAAACCGUAUACGGUUGCAUUUAAACAUCGUGAAAAAGUAGGCACACAUUUAGAUGAACUCGAAGCUAAGGGUAUUCUAGAGAAAAUAGAAUAUGCGGAAUGGGCUUCUCCCAUAGUCGUGGUAGUGAAACCAAACAAAAAAGAUAUCCGUAUUUGCAUGGAUGGAUCGAAAACUGUUAACCCUCACAUUGUAACACACCAUUAUCCCCUCCCGAUUAUAGAUGAACUUAUUACAAAUAAGAGCGGGGCAAAGAAAUUUGCUCUAAUUGAUUUGAGAGGAGCGUACCAACAACUAAUAGUAUCAGAAGCAGCGAAAAAGCUUUUGGUAAUAAAUACUCACAAAGGUCUGUAUGCGUAUCGCAGGUUACCUUUUGGGGUAAAGCCAGCAGCGACAAUUUUCCAAUCGGUCAUGGACAAAAUAUUACUGGGCAUAAAAAACGUGCAAGCUUACAUUGAUGAUAUUCUCAUUUGGGCCGAGUCAGAUGAUGAACUAUUGAAUAAAAUUAAAAUUGUGCUAGGGCGACUGAAAAUAUAUAAUGUCAAGGUGAAUGCCGAGAAAUGUGAAUGGUUUGUUUCCCAAGUGAAAUAUUUGGGUCACAUUCUUUCGGAGGCAGGAGUAUUGCCAAAUCCGGAGAAGGUGAAAGCGACAACGGCCGUGCCAGAGCCAAAAUCGAAAACACAACUAAAAUCAUUUCUCGGCAUGGUAACUUUCUAUACUAAAUUUGUCCCAAAAUUAAGUGUCAUUCUUUCACCACUUUAUAAUCUUUUAAAAAAGGACAGUAAGUGGAAUUGGGAUAUAGCCCAUAAAAAAGCAUUUGAGCAUAGUAAAUCCGCAAUUUGUAGUGCGCAAGUUCUAGCACAUUUUGACCCAUCUAAGCCCAUCACCGUGACAUGCGAUGCAAGUGACGAAGGAAUAUCAGGCAUUCUAAGCCACACAAUUAACAAUACGGAUGUGCCAAUAUUUUUUGUUUCACGCCGGCUAUCGCAGACUGAAAAGAAAUAUCCCAUUCUGCAUAGGGAAGCGCUAGCUAUCGUAUUUGCAAUGGAGAAGUUUUAUAAAUAUAUAUUAGGCCAAAAAGUACUUAUAGUCACCGAUCAUAAACCACUAUUAGGUAUAUUUGGCGGCAAGAAAGGAGGGCCUUCAGUUAUCGCCACCAGGCUACAAAGAUAUUUCUUACGUUUAUCAAUAUUUGAUUACACUAUCACGCAUGUGGCAGGCAAAGAUAAUCAGGCAGCAGACUGCUUAUCAAGAUCACCAUUAAAUCAACGAUUAAGUGCUGCGGACUUAGAAGAAAGCCAACGUUGUUCAUUUAACAAGCUUAAUUAUUUAGUAGACGAUCAAAAAGUCAACAUCAAUGCUAAGAUCAUUGCUAGUCAAUCUAUUUUAGAUCCAAUAUUAUCACAAGUGAUAAAUUAUGUUCAAACCGGGUGGCCUAGCCACGUCCAAGCUAUCGCACAUCAGCUGUCGCCCCCCAAAAUAGGCGACCACGGAAGGGAUCACCAUCACGAAGCACACGUUUGCGAGCCAAUCCCCGUUUUUAAAAUCGGUGACUUUUGGGAACGUAACUGCGAUCAAUAUCAUGUCAACAACUACGACGCGACGGAUGGACGGAAGGACGGUGGCACUGGGGAAGAUCUGGGAUAUUCACGCGUACUUGCCUGGAGGUACAUGCUGAGAGACCCCUGCCACAACUUCGACCUCAAGACUGAGAUGAUAUUAAUGGCAGAAUACAGUAUGGCUGCGGCGAUUCGUCUUCAGAGUCACGAUGUGGUUUGA